AUGGUCCGGGACCUUCGUGCUCAAAACAGUGGUAUGAUGGAGAUCUGGAACUACAGCUCUAGUGAUUGGUCUUUGUUGCAUAGCAUUGAUUUGUCGCGGCACCUUGAAGGAGACUCUUUGUUAGGUCCGCAGAUUAUCAGAGCUAUCGGUUAUUUUGGCGACUGUGGACCGAUGGAAAAGGUGAUCUUGGCAACUUCCAAUGGCAAGGUGAUCACAUAUGACCUGCUGUCUAGGACUCUCGACACCAUUCUUGCAAUACCGGAGACUUCAUUUUAUAAGACCGAUAAGCAGUAUGCUCCUAGAUUCAGUUUAUUCAAAGAGAGUCUUGCUCCGGUACACAAAACCAACGUAGAGAUGGCGUUAUCAUCUCCGCUAACUAAAGUUAUCAAGGAGAUCCUACUCCGACUCCCAGGUGAUUUUGCCACACAGUUCAAACUUGUAAGCAAGCAGUGGCUUAGUUUGAUCGAGAGUGGAAGUUUCAUUCGCUCUUACCAUGCACAUAACAACAUGGACAGGGAGCCAAGAGUCAUGCUUGUCGGCAAGGGGCCAGGAGGAUUGGGUUUCAGCUUUGCUCCCUCGAAGAAAUUGCUUCGCGAUGGUCCUAGCCAAGGCGCAUGGCUUGAUACAAAGGUGGUUUGCUCUAAGCCUUGCCAUGGUAGGAACCUGAUAAGUACUGUGACCGAGGACUAUUUGUACAAUCCUUCCACAGGUUAUCACCAUAACUACCAUGCAGUAGUGUGGCCACACCAACUGCGCCGCCGUGUACUCGCAAUGAAGCAUGGCAAUGUAUGUACACUAGAAGACCACGCUUUCACAGUUGGCAACAAGAAUGCUUGUCUGGGGUUGAACAUGUUGAAACAGGAGCAUGUUGUCGUUCAGAUUUUCUAUCACUUGAAGGACUUCGAAUCUCGGCAGUAUUUCCUGACAUGCUCAGUCAUUGGACUCACGUCGAUCCAACACAAUCUUCAACCCCAUCUGCCUAUAAAUAGCAUGCCACCUGCCUAUGUAGCAGGAGUUUUAUACUGGAUGAGUGAACCAAGGUUGUUGGAGAUUCAUAAGAGGGUCAUUGUAUCAUUUGACGUCACAAAAAUGAUGUUUGAUCUCGUCCCUUGCCCUUCACCCAUCGCAAUGUGGAGUGACACGAGUCCUUGCCAAGCAUUUGUGAUCGAGCUUGAGGGAAUGUUAUGUGAGGUCCUUGCUGAUCCUGUCGCAGAAGAAUUAGAUAUUUGGAAGCUGGAGCAUGGUCGCUGGGACAGAGCAUAUAAAGUCUAUUUAAAAGGUUGGUCGGGCUAUUCCCUUGGAGAAAACGUUGUGGUGCCGUUGCUUGUCGACCCCAGAGACGAAGAAAACUGG